AUCCAGCAGCAUGUCGCCAUUUAGUUUCGGGCUACUGGCCAUCAUCAUCUGCCAGACAUUUGGCCAAGACACUCUACCCACAUCAUUUCAACGAAUUUUUCAAACAGAAGAUUCGGUACGCAAAACGAAGUCCAAUGAAAUGAGAAGCUUUUUAAAUUUAAGUGCGGAUCCAUGCACGGAUUUCUAUGAGUAUGCUUGUGGCAAUUGGAAAGCAAUUGGUAAUCCCUUCACACAAUUGGAACAGAGAACCGAUGUGGAUCUAGUUCAUUUGCUGGAGGAUACUCCACAUCGCAAUGAUAGCGCCCUGGCACGACAGGCCAAAGAGUUUUACAAAUCAUGCCUAAUGGCUGGCGGGCAGCAGGAUCAUCAGCAGCAGCAAUUCCUUAGCGAAUUUAUCAAACAGAAUGGCGGAUUUCCAGCUGUGCCAGGUUCCCAUUGGGAAGUGCAUUAUCAUAGCUAUGAUUGGAUAAGAGUGCUGGGAAAAUUGCGUCAUCUCUUUGGUAUGGAUAUAUUGAUUGGACUGCGUUUGGGAUACAAUUAUGAAAAUGUCCAGGAAAAUAGUAUCUAUCUCAGUGAGCCCAACACAUUAAUUCCCAGGGAACUGUGCCGCAACGCCAAGAAACAACGCCUCGAUCUAACUAAUCCAUUGUAUGAGGCACUAGAGGAGAGAGUGGGUUCCGAACUGAAGCAUUGGCUAGCUCUGGGCAAUGAGGAAUCUGCUCGUCUGGCCACUGAAAUUAUUACUUUUGAACAUGAACUUUGCGGCGGCAUGCAAGGAUUGGAACCUUGGGAUGCCGAGCUGACACUCUACGAAGGAAACUACACACGGAAAACCCUGGCUGAGCUAAGUCAUAUUUAUGGCCUCGAUUUGGAGGCCUAUGUUACGGCUAGUUUUGAUAAGAAUAUCUAUAAACCGGUCUAUAUGGCUGCUCCGGACUACUAUCGGCAAUUACAACGGACGGUAGCAGCUCACAAUUUAAGCCAGGUGGCAAAUUAUAUAAUGUACAGGGCUGUGGCUGCUCUCACCUUUCCUCUGGAAGAUCGUCCGCCCUUACGCCAGUUAGAGUGUCUGGAGAGAAUCAAGCAAUUGCUGCCCACAGGUUUGGGUGAGCUAUAUACCCGACAAUUUGGCAACGAUGAGGAGACUAAACGAGAAUUAUUGGAAUUAUACAAAUAUUUACAUGAUUCCCUAAAGCAAAGCAUCAGCGUCGAUUGGAUCGAGGAGGGAAGUCGUCGAGUUGCUUUGCGUAAGCUGACAAAUCUUCAUUUAUGGUUACCCGAGUACGAGAGGCCUCAAGCCUACAAGAUUCACCUGGAACGUUCGCAAUACUGGAAAAAUCUUCACAAGCUUUUGGGAUUGGUAGAGGGACAGCAACAGCUCAAUCGACUCUACGACGAGAGUUUGCCCAAUCCAAAUGAUCCGCUGGAGGCGUAUGAAACUCGACUGCGUUAUCGACCCGUACAACAACGCCUAGACAUCGGAUGGGCAUGGUUUCAGCCGCCCCAUUACGAUGCCCGAUAUGGUCAUGCCAUGCGCUAUGCCACAUUGGGCGUGGCAUUGGCCCAACAAAUGACCUUAGCCUUUGACGACCUGCACUGGUCGAAGGGCUUAUUGGAGCGUGACAGUUGGGAUGGUCUAACUGCCUGGAGAUAUCACAAUCGCACCGAUUGCUUCUAUCGCCAGGUGAAGGAGUAUUUGCAGCAUAAUGUCACGGCAACAAAGCAAUUGAUCGGUGAUAGUGCCGCCCUCAAUAUGGCCUUUAGAGCCUACCUAACAUGGCUGGGAUUCCAGGAGCCAAACAAUGAUUUUACCCGUUUAAUUAAAGAGACUCUUCCUGGCCUUAACUACACAAAUACUGCCCUCUUUUUUGUGGCCUAUUCGCAGCAAUAUUGUCAACUGGAGGAUAAGGAGAUGCCAUCAGCUGUAUAUAGCUUACGUGAUAAUCACAGUUGGACGCGUUUAAAAGUAAAUGGACCAUUGAGUAAUUUGCCAGAGUUCUCUACAGAAUUUCAUUGUGCCUUGGGAACACCCAUGAAUCCGGCAGAUAAAUGUUCCACCUACUAAAAACUAACUUUUGUCUAUAGAUUUAAUAUACAGCAAUUAAUGACCAGUGUAAAUAAUUAUGUAAUUAAAGGGUAGCUGAUACUAAGCCGGUCUUUUCUGGGAACUAA